GUGGGUUUGUGCUUCUUGUCAGGGCUGCUGCUUCCUAUUAGCACAGCCCUUUUCUUCCGUCUGUUUUGAAUAUCAAAGACUUGCAAGUGGCUCCUACAGUAGGUAUUGGAAGUAAAGCUUUGAGUUUGUAUGAAGGUGUGUCGAGCGUACCUGGUCCGAGCAGAAGGAACCUGUUCAUUUCUUCCAGCAAAUCGCAGGCUGUCAAACUUGAAACGCAUUUCAUGGUUUCAGAAAAGGGGAGCUUCUCAAAUUCUUGUCAUCAGUUAUGUCUCUAAUUGUGCUCGGGGUGACCCUGUUAAAAUGGGGAACCUGUAUCUUAAAUAAAUAAUCAAUAACCCCCCCUUUCUCUCUUUUUUCCCCUUGUUUCAUUUGGUUCUGACAGUACUGGAAAUAAAAAAAAAAAAAAAAAAAAAAAAAAAACUUCAUAAGAGGGGUCUGCUAGAAUGGAGCAGACCGUAGAGACGACUACAGGAUGUUUUGAGAUGUCAGAGGAGGCGGUGCGCCGGACGCGCAGUCAAAAACGGGCGCUGGAGCGAGAGUCGCUCCCCAGCGAGGGGGACCCCAAGAAGAUGAAGCUGGAGAAAGGGGACCCCGUGAAGAGCGAGGAGGAGGGAGGAGGAGGAGUGGGGGAUCUGAAGGUCAAGGCAGAGCCUGGGACCCCUGCCAAGGUGCAGGCCAUGCUGAAGGGGGGGGAGGUCAAGGCCACCAUCAAAGUGGAGGUGCAGACUGGGGACCAGCCUGUUGACAUGAGCACUGCCAAGAGUGAAGUCAUUAAGAAGGACAGGCGAGUUCCUUCUCCAGAUAUCAUUGUGUUAUCCGACAACGAGCCUUCCAGCCCGCGGAUGAACGGCUUGAGUAAAUUCUCGAAGGAAUCGAACGCGGACAUGCUCCUGAAGAGCAGCCCGGAGGAACGCGAGCGAAUAAUCAAGCAGCUGAAGGAGGAGCUGCGGCUGGAGGAGGCCAAGCUGGUGCUGCUGAAGAAACUGCGGCAGAGCCAGAUCCAGAAAGAGAGCUCGGCACUGAAGCCUGCAGGCUCCUCGAGCACUUCCGUGGCCACACCACCCCCCCUGGUCCGAGGGUCUCAGAGUAUCACUGCAGGCAAGGGAUCCCUGCAGGUGUCGUCGGGCCGCAGCUCCGGCACGGUGAUCCCGCCUCCUCUGGUGAGAGGCGGCCAGCAGCUCUCCUCCAAACUGGGCUCCCAGCAGCACCCGCAGAUAGUCAUGCCUCCGCUGGUCAGGGGGGCACAGCCCGUGUCUGUGUCUUCUCAGCAAAUACACAGCCGUCAGCAGCAGCAACAGCAACAGCAGCACUCUGGCUCAGGCCCCCCUCCCCUGCUCAUGGCCCCCAGGGCCUCCGUCCCCAACGUACAGAUCCAGGGCCAGAGGAUCAUCCAGCAGGGGCUGAUCCGCGUGGCCAACGUGCCCAACGCCAGCCUGCUGGUCAACAUCCCACAGGCCUCCCCGACCAACAUGAAGAGCUCCUCUGCACAGGGCGGAAUCGCUGGGGUUAACGCCAACGACUCCCCCGCCAGCCGGCAGGCCGCGGCCAAGCUGGCGCUGCGCAAGCAGCUGGAGAAGACCCUGCUGGAGAUCCCUCCGCCCAAACCCCCUGCCCCUGAGCUCAACUUCCUGCCCAGCGCUGCCAACAACGAGUUCAUCUACCUGGUGGGGCUCGAGGAGGUGGUGCAGAACCUGCUGGAGACGCAGGGCAAAGGUAAGGCAGCGGUGGCGUCGGUGGCUCCAGCUCCCAAGGACCCCUUCACCUGCGCUCAGUGCAGGACGGACUUCACCUGCCGAUGGAGGCAGGAGAAGAGCGGCCCCAUCAUGUGCGAUCAGUGCAUGGCGUCCAAUCAGAAGAAAGCCCUGAAGGCCGAGCACACCAACCGGCUGAAGGCUGCCUUCGUGAAGGCGCUAGCCCAGGAGCAGGAGAUCGAGCAGCGGAUACUGCAGCAGCAAGCGGCCGCGCCCCUGCCUGCCUCCUCCAACGCUGGCUCUAAGUCUUCAGAGCACCACAGCCUGGUCUCGCAGGUGCAGCACCACGUCAAAGUGCGGACCCCCAGCCUGCCCCCCAACAGGGGCGUGAUCGGACGCCACCACGCCACGAUCAAACAGAGCCCUGGUCAGCUGGCGCGGGGUCCCCAUUCGACUGGCGCUCGCGGGGUGCUCCACACGUUCUCUCAGUCCUCGCAGCUCCAGAGCGCAGCGCUGGUCACCAGGCCAGGUAAGCAUGCCGUGCGUCACGGGAGCAAAGUCAGCACCUCCACCACCACCACCACUGCAGCCAACACCUGGAAGAAGCAGAGCCCCGUGAGCACAGGUGUCACCAUGGCGUACGUCAACCCCAGCCUCACCGUGCACAAGUCCUCCUCGUCCUCGUCCUCCGUGGAUCGCCAGCGGGAGUACCUGCUGGACAUGAUCCCCUCCCGCUCCAUCUCCCAGACGGCAAACACAUGGAAAUAGUCAGAGCAAUAAUAGAAAUACAAAGAAGAGUAAUAAUAAUAAUAAUAAUAAUAAUAAUAAUAAUAAUAAUUAAUAAUAAUAAUAAUAAAUCCUGUAUCGUCGUCGUCAUCAUCACCAGGAAAUAACCAACGAGUCUUCAUCUGGGUCAGCGUCGCAGCACCAGUCACGCAGCAGCGCCCCGCUCCCUGUUUUAGUUUUUCCAAAACCAGUUGCUCAGUCUUGCAAAUCAAUGGGAACCUGCCGCCACACUUGCUUUCUGCCUGGGACUUAAAGAUAAACAGAAAGGGAGAGGGUAGACAACUGACCUUUAAAACCUGCUUCAUUUGUGUGUGUGUGUGGUUCUUUUUUUUUUUUCCCCACAAUCUGUUUCUGAAGACCAUCAUGUGACGAAUGCCCCCUCCCUUUUAAUAUUGAAGCCUGGCGGAUCGACGUGCAUUGACAGGCAGCUCUCGGCGGCUACACAGCUGCAGAAAUUCCACGUGGAAAUGGCUCUUAAACAACACUGGGGGGUGCAGCCUGAAUGCACUGCUCCUAAGACUGGAGGGAGACAGGAUUUUAAACUGCAGAUGGAUGGGUUGAACCUUUUUACACUGUAACCACCCCCCCACAUGCACACACCUCCCCACCCUCCACAGACACACAUGCCUGUCCUGCCUCCUCCUCCCACCCUAACUGCUGUAUUGAUUUUAGACGACUGCAUCUGAGCAGUGAUAUCUUCUGUAAAGAAACUCAAGCACAACAGCUCUUAACUCUUUCAGCACAAAGUAACUGCUGUUGCAAAUCGAAUCGUUUUAUUGCAGUGGUGCACCCAAGACCUGGUUAACCGCCUGCUGUUCUGAGUGCAGUGUGCCUCUCCUUCACUGCCCUAGCUGUCUGCUGUUUUUGAUUGGAGUUGUUUUUUUCCUAGAUCUCUUGUUUCGGAGACCUGCUGUGUCGAAAGAGUUAACGUCUGAAUUCUGUCUCUUCAUGCAGGGUUGCUUAUUGUUUUAGUGCUUGAGAAUGCAGUUUUAGUUUUUAUUUUCUUGUCAUUUUAAGCUAGCUGCAAACAAAGGAAAGCUGCUUAGGGUAAACGAGCCCAGGGCAAGGCAUGGCUGAGACCGUAGGUCACCUUGGGCUCCUUUCUGCUAAUGCUCUGAAUGUCAAACUCGAGACAAACAGCACCUGCUCAACAGUUAGGCUGUCUGCAGGAGUGUGUGUAGCUGCAGACGCAGGGGUCCCUACGAAUUUCAUUGCACAUCAUUGGGUUAUUAAUAAUGCAGGAAAAGGGCA